AUGAAGCUCAAAGCAGCAACUCUUCUCGCCGUGAUUCUGGGUAUUACCGCUCCAUGUGCGCAAAUCUGCAAGGAUGCAGGUAGCACUCACUGCUCCUAUGGCCCCAGGCAGAAGCAGUGCGUCGUGGGCGAUGAAAGUGGACGAGAUGAGGUUCGCUCUAGAGUCUAUUACAUGAAAAAGAAACUUGAAGACAAUCCCCUCCCGGGGGGCGAAGAUGGAGACGGCGAGCCCUUUCCCGAGGACUGCGAGGCCGACAAGGAGGCUUGCGAAAGCGAGAAAGCGAAAUUGGACUCCAAGCUGAAGGACUGUGAGGACAAACGCAUAGCCUCUGCUUUCUCAUUCAACUCCACAGUGUGUGCCGUGACGCCAGAAAGGAGGUCAGCGUUAGUGGCAAUACUUACAGAUCUUCAACUGCUUGGAGCGAAUAUAGUAUUCUACCCCUAA